AGGGCAAGACCCCUGACAGGUCGUAUUUUCUGUUGGUUCUAAUUUGAUUUGUUUUUACAUUACCCGGCGAAGCAGGACGCGCAGAAGACGCCAAGCUUCCUUCGUACGGUCCUACUUUUCUUUCUACGAUUGACCUUCUUGAGAAAGCCGAGACUUCCAACAUUGAAGGUUUCCUGCACCGGCACGCGACGCCACGUUCAGGGGCCGAUUUGUUGGUCUUCGCAAGGCAGUCAUUAUUAUCCACAGGCCCCCGCCCGCGCGUCGGUGCAGCCAGACGCGUAAGAAAUGACGUUCGAAUUCAUAAGGAGCGCAUGCCCAGCCAAGGGGUUAUUCAUCACACCUUGUAUCGGCAACUGACCCAAAUGCGCCUCUUUGACAAAGAGAACCACUAGCAUGCCUCACAACCCCCCGGUGUCUGAUGACCCAGAGUUCGAUGCGCCAUUCCCCACCUCCACGGGGACAACUCCCACAUCUACUGGACCUCUUGCCAUUAGAACGUCAUUCAUACAACCUUCCGACUGCAAGACACAAUGGAAGACCACGGCUGUGCCUUCCUUGGGAGGCGGCAGCACGGUAAUGAGCACCAUAAUGAUAUCUGAACCUGCCGCGACCUGCUAUCCCUCGGGAUGGGACGACAUCACGCCGGAAAGCCGCCUCCAUUUCAGCCCCGGGGUGUGUCCCAAAGGAUGGGUCUACCACGCUAUGCAGGAGGAUACCUCUCUGGCGGUGUCGACGGCCUUUUGCUGCCAAAGCGGCUUCGAUUAUGCAUUCUACGGACCUGUAGUCCCUACGUUCUUAUCCAAUCCAUGCGGAAAAUACGGGGACCGGAGGGACACCGAAGACACCGGUGAAGAGGGGGAGGACGCAUCAAGUACUAGGGUGGGAACUACCUUCAUGGUGCACGAAGGGUGGGCGAUAACCUGGGCAAAAUCUGACACGGCGACAAUGACACCGAAGCUACCUACUCUAACGAACGAAAUGCGUGUGCCAACGUGGACACCGGGGCAGAAGAUAAGGGACGGCGAAUAUGACCGCUACCACAAUGACAGCCAAAGUUCCGAAGAGUGGUUUGGCAAGGAUUUGUACUGGUUCCUGGUGGUUGGAGUGCCGAUAAUCUUUGUUCUCUCGGUUGCGUCCUGCGUGUGGUGCGGUGUGCGGAAAUGUAGGAGGGACAGACGGCCGGACAUACCUAGGUAGUCUAUGUAAUUACGCAGUAAUCUCUUGGAGUAUCAC